CAAAAGCACAUAACAGAUCAGUUUGCAUAUGGAUCAUAAAACAUUAAGUGAUUAAACACAGGAGGAGUAGGCAAAACCGGUGGAACUGGUUGCUUUGUGCAAGGCAGGUUUCCGUCAUUUGAUUUGCUGCAACAGAACCCGAGAACUAGCGGGAUCUUUGUAAACCUUUUCCUACAUUCCUUUCCAGCGCCUCUUUAUGCUCAUAGAUCGACAUGGAAGGAAGGGCGAUAGCCGAUAAGUGCAGUCUCUCCAGUUCACAGCAGUGUGUGGGUGCAAGGAAAAAUCAUUUGGCAGGAAGAAGUCGAUCCACCGCAUUACCUAUUCACCAUAUGUUGAAAGCAAUCCUUAAUAUAUUAUUUGAACAUGCAGGGAGAUACACAAUCUAAUUAAUAUCUUGCUGAUUAGACAUAGAAAAACCAGCAGAAGUUCUAUCCGGAAAUGCAGAAUAUUGACUCUUCACACUCGACCACCAAGUCCCGGGGUGGAAAGAUGUCCGGAUUCACUUCCCAACAAUACUGAAUGCUUACACAGUGCACAUGUAUUUCCCAGGUUGAGAAUCUGGCUAGCUUGCUCCUUAUGAUCUUCAACCUGCCAAAAUGCCAGGAAAAGCUACCUCCACAUACAGGCCAUUUGAGGAGCUCCCUGGCUUGGUCCGGCAACCAUUUCUCAUCCCUCCCUUGGAAGAGAGGCUUCUGUGGAUUGAGAUCGUGUGCAAAAGCCUGUCUUGGUGAUGGCUCAGGGCCUGGGAACCUACUUUUGAACCUCUCUUGCUCAAAGACAGUUCCUACAAUUUUCUCUCGCUGCUGCUGUGACAAAGGAAAUUAGCAGUCGGGAACAUAAGCGUUACAUUACAUUGUUCAUACUUCAGAUGGCAACCAAAACCUCUAAGUGAAAAAACUGAAACAUGGAAAAUCAUCAUGGGGCCAGCAGAUGAUUCGACUCUAGUUGGGGUACAUCUACUCAUAGCGCUGCGGUCGGCAGAUGGUAUAUAGCUUUUCAUACCGAGAUGUCAUCUCAGCCUAGCCUGUUUCAACUGGGUUAAAUUGAUAAAAAGAAUUUAGUAACCCUACUGAACUGAAGCAACGAACUGACCUCCCUGCCAUCAUCAAUGAGAAUUGAGACUGUAGGAAGCAAAUGUGAGCGAUGAAGAGGCUGACGAGGAAAUGGAGAAGACGAUCUCGGGAUCACGAGCUCUCUCUGCCCACUCGGGACGAUCCAUCUCUCGACGAUUCCCGCCCCAUAGACACCCAAGAGCAGGAAGAAAUGGUUCGAUCAUUUGAAAGGAGUCAAGCCCAGCAAAGCCUUUUCUGGCGGACAGUCUUUGCGGGCUUUCUGCUCUGUUUCGUUGCAUUCCUUAUCUACUCCAUAUUUCAGCAGGCUUCAUCUCCAUGGGAAUUGCGGUUUCACGCUUACUUCAUUGAGGAUAUUCACUCUUGGAUGGUUAUACUUGCAGAUUGGGUUGCUGUUUUGGCAUGUUCAAUGGCCAUUUUUGGACUGGUUCGAAAUUCAACACAUCGCAGACAAUGGCUCUGGUACUCUUGCUUCACCAGCAUCCCGCUGGCAGUUUUCUGGCUCUAUUACAUGUUAAGAAUGCCGAGAUUUAGGUGGGAUGUUCUGUGGCUUCCACUCGGGCCUCUUAGUGGAGCUGGAAUCUGUCUCUAUGUGGACCAUCUUCUGAACGAGUCCUCGGAAGAAGUGAAGAAACUCCGAGCCUACAUGUACGCUUACAAAGCAAAUUGAAGGUUCGUGCAUGUAUGGAUUUGCACUGAAAGAAAUCCAGGAGAAUCCGAUCAACCUCAGGUCCUGUUCACUGGUUAAAUAGUAGGACCACUGGUAAGUUAAGGGCUUGCCCCGUUGGAGAUCUUUGCAUGUCAUGCAAAGAGGACGAAUAGGUUUCAGAAUCAAGCAACUCACAGGAGGAACCAGGGUUCAGCAUGUUCGUUGUGAUUUAGCUUGACGGCAGAGUACAGUUGAUCUACAAUGUUUGGAUUUCUGUUGCAUGGAGAACGCAGGGAUCAAAGUUUGCUAGUUUCUGGCAUUUGAUUUGAGCGAUCAUUUUCAUCUUUGUGAAGAAUAAUAACUACAGAGAAACAACCGUGCUCGCAGUGAUAUGACCUUUAUUUGAAUCGUCUAACAGCAGUGAUAUUUGUAGGUGCAAAUAUGAUUUUCAAUAUUAGAUACAGUGGUUGUGCAGGGCAGACAUGGCCUUGAUGUACAUAACGUAAAUAAAAAUUGCAAUGCUUAUCAUAA